AUGGGUCCCCGUUCACUCUUAUGGGCUUUGGAGCCGCUCUUGAAGCGCAACAAAGGUGCUGACCACGAGGCCAACAUCUUUGCCGUUCUUUACCCCUCCGCGCGGAUCAUACGCGCCUUCGAGUUCGCCGCCGUCGACGGCGCCGUCGAUUGCACCGAGCCCCAGGGCACAAUCUCUCCUCCUCACAGCUACGCCGAACGGUUUUGGCGAGCGCGCGAGUGGUUCACUCGUUACAAAAGGGACAAGGAGCACGUGAAGGAGUUGGUACUCUUCGACGUCAAAAGCUCAUCAGAACAAGACCCUUCUGCUCAGAUCUACCUUACGUCGAUCGAGCAGAGCAAAUCCGCCGCGUUCUACAUUUGCGUCUCGGGUUCCGAUCCAACCUUUGUCGAGCUAAUACCAAACACACAUAUGCCACCUGCCCCGCCGCUGGGUAAGAACGCGUCAAACACGUAUUUCCAGUUGAACACGACAAGGACACCACAAACAAGCCCUUCCCAGAAUGGUCCUCUAAACCUCUGGGGCUCACCAUAUCGAAUGCCAUUAGCCCUAUUAAGCGACGCUGUAGCGCGCAUAGUAGACUGCGCACAUGGCCACGGGGACUACGCGAACCCAUGGACUGGUCAGAGCUUCCCUGGCUGGCGCCCCGCCAAAGUGACGAGUUUCGCGCCCUUCUUGGAACCACACUCCACUAGCCAGCAUUACAAUGCGUUCCUGGGCGUUAUGGACAUGUAUCGAGCCAUUCUAUCGAACCCACAAGCCGAUCUCGUCUUUGAUUUCGUGCACCUUGCUCCGCGGCUCGCCGAUUUCAAGAUUGUCAAGAACAAUCGGCAGUUCCUCGUACAGUACAAGAAGGAUGGCCGCACCGAUCGAUCGGCCAUUACAAACAACCUCAGAGCAUCUAUUGGCCGUACUGGCACGGGAGAUGAAAUCAGGUACUACUUCACACCCUUCGAGAGGUUUGACUUUUUGCUGUAUGAAUUCGAGUACAAAAGCACAAUCGCCGCCGUCCCAUAUCUACUCUUUAUACCAGAAUGCCGCAUUCCGGAAGAAUUUUACACCACCCAAGACAAGGAAGCCGAUUUCGGUAGAUUCCAGGCCUAUGGUAUGUUCAUGGACGCUGAGGGCAGGUGGGUCGAGCAGAUCGCCCGGAUCAUCGAACAACAUCCCGCACCACGACUUGAGUCCUCGCGUCGGAUGCGCGCCAACGGCUUCACUUCAUACUUGUCAAAAAAGGUUAAUGAGAGGUUGGCCGAGUUGCUUGCCAUUCAGGCGCCACUUCGUACGACACCUUCACCACCACUGGCUGCGUUGAGUAGCAGAAGAACACCCGAGACCUUCCAGAAACGACUCUACAACGGUCUUAUGAAACAAUGUGCUCUUCGCAGAUCGGGCCUCGUAGUAGCGCUGCCCCCGAUGGGUCCCUCGGGAGACUUUGCCCUUCUCUCGUACCGUUGGACAGAAGUCGAAUACGACAACUUCCAAAGGUCUACCAUUCCCCCCAAGUUCCUUAGUCAGCUACCAAGCAUGACACCAAUAGUGUGUCUCUAUGCUUACGCCAAGCAAGCGCCCACCACCUCUCACGGUCCAGCCCUCUCGUCAAGUCAAUUGCGACGUCUCAAUUCGCGCGAAUCGUCCCAUCGGCUUCUACUUUUCGAUCCUCUGCUUCCGGAAACCCUGGACCUCCAGGGCCCACUCUACGUAGUCCCUACAGCUGAUGUUAGUCUUACCGCCGAGCAAAUCCAAAUCUACACUAGCAACCUUGAAACCGACAAGAGAGCUAAAAACCCCGAACGCUCCAUUCGUGUACCGUACUUGUCUGGUAUGCUGCAUACCCGAUGCGCCAUUGCAGACUAUCUGGUAGCAGCUCGAGGACCCCUUUUGUACCAGCGCAGCCACGAUGACGCCUGGAGUGAGCUGUGGGGAUUGCUGCAUCGUUUCCUAGAUGUCAAUAGUUUCUCCUACCCAGCUACAAUGUUACGAGAACCUAGAGAGUAUCGCACCACCAUUCAAGCGCUUAAUGAGAGGCUUGUUACUGAGGUCGGGAGCAUGCCCCAGGAAGUGGUCAGCCAAGGCGCACAGGUUGAGUUGUUCGACAUGAAUGACGACGUGAGCAAAGGCAAUGAUGCGUAG